GCAGCUCACAGCAAGCUGCAGACACAGAUCCCUCAAUUUCUUUCUUCUUUCUUUAUUUUUCUCCCCUCAGAGACGCCGCAGCUGAAUCCUGUGAUGGAACCUCUGUCCUGGAUGCUAGGCACAUGGCUCUCAGACCCACCAGGAGAUGGCACCUUCCCUACAAUGAAGCCCUUCCAGUACCUGGAAGAAGUGCACAUCUCUCAUGUGGGGCAGCCCAUGCUCAACUUCUCGUUCAAUGCCUUCCAUCCGGACACCAGGAAGCCCAUGCACCGAGAAUGUGGAUUCAUCCGCCUCAAACCUGACACUAAUAAGGUGGCCUUUAUCAGUGCUCAGAACACAGGUCUGGUGGAGGUGGAAGAAGGGGAGGUGAAUGGACAAGAGCUGUCUAUAGCAUCUCACUCUAUAGCCAGGAUCUCCUUUGCCAAGAAGCCCCAUGUAGAGCAGAUUACCAGAAAAUUCAGGCUCAAUUCCGAUGGGAAACUCGAACAAACUGUCUCAAUGGCAACCACUACGCAGCCCAUGACUCAGCACCUCCACAUUACCUACAAAAAGGUGACACCCUGAUGCCAGGAGGGCCGCGUCUCCCUGCGAGGGUGAGGAGCGGAGUGUCGUGCACCGAGAGCAGCGGCAGCUUGGGAGCACAGCAUGGCACACCCCGGAGCUGCCUGCGCUCACCCUGGGGCUGCGGAGCUGCCUGUCCUGUUGAGAAUGUUACUCAGAUGUUUCUGUAAUGGUAUAUUAAAAAAUAAUAAUAAAAAAGCUUUUAUUUUUA